AUGGCUACAACUACGAACGGGCACAUGGACGGAAGUGACCUCAAGAAAAAGUUUACACUUAAAGACACGGUAGUGGAAAAUCUUAGACCGUUGAGGGUAGUUGUCAUUGGCGCUGGGUAUAGUGGUAUCGGGGCAGCGAUUAGAAUACCAGAGAAGCUACGAAAUGUCGAGCUAGUGGUCUAUGAGAAAUACGAAGGCGUCGGAGGGACAUGGUGGGUGAACACAUAUCCAGGCGUCGCCUGCGACAUCCCCUCUCAUUCAUACCAAUUCUCCUUUGCGCCCAACCCGAACUGGUCCAACCUCUAUGCGCCAGGCCACGAGAUCCAGAAAUAUCUGCAGGACGUGGCUGAGAAAUUCGGAGCGACGAGGUUCAUCAAGUUAUCACAUAAAGUGGAGGAAUGUGUCUGGGACGAUGGGCAGAAGAAAUGGCAAUUCAAAGUCAUGAAUCUGGUUACCGGAGAGGUGUUUACCGAUUCGGCGAACGUGCUGAUUACGGCUCGAGGUCAGCUUAGCGAGCCGCGAUGGCCGGAUAUUCUGGGAAUUGACCAGUUUAAGGGGAAGAAGAUGCAUUCGGGGGCGUGGGAUAAGAGUUAUGACCUCCGCAACAAGAAGAUCGCUGUUGUGGGUAACGGUUCCAGUGCCAUCCAGAUCGUUCCCAAGCUCCAGAAACUCGAAGGAACGACGCUCUCAUGUUUCAUACGAUCACCGACCUGGAUAUCGUCAGCUUUUGGUGAUAACACCAUGAAAGACCUAGGACUGGAUCCCAAAGUAACCGAGUGCCACCCGAUGACCAUCGAGGGACAAGCUUUCUUCAAAGCGGACAUGGAAUCCAAGCUGUCGGCUCGUCCCGACCUGCUAGCCAAGAUCAUCCCGGCCUUCGCCCCUGGCUGCCGGCGCCUCACUCCAGGAAGGGGCUACCUUGAAGCCCUCCAACAACCCAACGUGACAGCAAUUCACGACCCCAUCUCACACAUUACCUCCUCCGGCAUCGCGCUCGCCACUGUGGAAGGAAAGAAACAGAUAAUCGACGCCGACGUAAUUGUCUUUGCCACCGGCUUCCAAGCCUGCACCUCCCCACCCUUCCCCAUCAUCGGCCGGCGCGGACUUACCCUCGCCUCCCGCUGGUCCCAACACCCCGAUAGCUACCUCGGUCUAGCCGUCGACGGAUUCCCCAACUAUCUGAUGCUGUUCGGCCCAAAUACGACCAUCGGGUUCGGCAGCCUGAAUCGGAUCCUGGAGGCGCAGGUAGACUACAUCGUCUCGGUAAUCCGCAAAUUACAAAAGGAGGAUUACGCGUCCAUGGAGCCCAAGCCGGAACGAGUGCGGGACUUUGUGGCCUUUGUGGAUGCCUACUUUAAGGAUACGGUGUACCUGGAUAAGUGCAAGAGUUGGUAUCGGUCGGAGGGUGGGACGGGAAACAGGAUCGUGGCGCUGUGGCCCGGGUCGACGCAGCAUGCUGUUGAGACGCUGAGGAGCCCGAGGUGGGAGGACUGGAUGUAUGAGGGUGCUGACAAAAGUGGGAAUGGGCUGAGGUGGUUGGGGAAUGGAUGGAGUUUGACGCAGACAGAGGGCGAUCCGAGUUGGUAUUUGAAUCCGGAGGAAAUCGAGUUUCCGUGGGAGGGCAAGCCGGAGGAGAACCCAAAGUAUAAGUCGAAGCCAUGGUCGCAUUGAGGGCGGUGGCGGUUAUAGGAAAUUUCUAGCUGAAACUAGUUAGCCAAAAGCAAUCUUCACGUAUCU